AUGACGAAGCUUCGAGCCAACAUCUCUGCUGCCCUGGGCGAUGAGGCCACUGCGGAUGAAUGCAACAAGCGCACACAGACGACGCAUGUCCUGGCACUUCACCUUGACUUAUACACUGACGACAAGCAAAGGUCGGCUGCGGCAGCAACGCUACGAGACUUGGUUGCGAAGACUAAAUACAAGCCCCUGUUCGUGGCUGUAUCAGGUCGCCAGAGUUGCACCACGACAUGGGAGAGAUGGGAUAGUCUUCCAGCGGACGGGCACGUCAACCCAGGGCAGAUGACCAGUUUCAACCACUAUUCCUUUGGCGCGGUAGUGGACUGGAUUUUUGGCACAAUUGGAGGCGAGGCGCCGGCCGAACCGGGCUGGAAGACUAUUGCUGUUGAAUCGAUUCCGGGAUACUCCGUACGACGUUUAGUAAAGGUUGGCUCGGGGUAUCACAAGUUUGAACAAGGCCUGCGGAUCAUGGUCCCUGGGAAUGUCGCACAGGUUCUGGUAUUGACUUGCGCUUAUCUUCGAGCAACGCAGAGCUGA